CGACGACGACGACUUUUGCUAGGUGCAUCCCGCAUACACAAUUAAUUAGGAAUUUACAUUGGAGGUCUUCCCUUGGAGGUCACCAUGUCUUCCUUCUUUACCGUUCCCGCUUCUCAGCGCAAGCGCAAGAGAGACGAUCGCGCCGCCGCUCCAGCAACUAAAAAGAGAGGCGUCGAUGCCAAAAAUGACGCCGCAGGGGGUCGCCGAGCCCGUGAACGAGAUGAUUCUAUCUCUGGAAGUGACUUGGACGAUGACGAAGGCGCAUUGGGGUCCGUGGGAUCUGGCGAAGAGUCUGAAUCAGACUCUGAUGACGGCGAAACAGCCGCAGACCGGAGAUUAAAACUCGCUGAGCGAUACCUGGACAACAUUCGAGAGGACGUCGAAGAUACAGUCGGUUUCGACGCCGCCGAAAUCGACCGAGAUUUGAUUGCCGAGAGGUUGAAGGAGGACGUGGACGAGUUCAAAGGACGCGCUUUCCGGCAAAUUGCUUCCCAUCUAUCUUUCUCUGAACCGUCUCAUUCAUUUUUCCGCUCCGAUACCCAGUCAACUACUUCAAUCGCCGUUCAUCCGCCUUACGCCUACACUGUUUCGAAGGAUAAGACUCUGAUUAAGUGGGAAUUGGCCACACCAAGCGCACCGACGACCUCUGAAACAAAAGGAUCCUCGACACGCCCUCCUCGUCCGCAGCGCAGAAAGCCCAAGCGGGUUAAGUAUGCUCGGGGUGUGCGCAAGAUUGCCGAGACAGGUGAGGAGUCCGGACAUACUGGCAGUAUUCUGUCAGUCGCUGUCUCACCCUCAGGCAAAUUCGUGGCUACUGGUGGUGCCGAUAACCGUUUGGUCAUUUGGGAUGCCGAGACCUUGACCCCCAUGAAGACUUUCUCACAGCACCGCGACUCUGUCAGCAGUCUAGCAUUUGCACGCCACAUCUCCACUAUGAGCUCUGGAGAACAGCUUUUCUCUGGCUCGUAUGAUCGUACCUUGAAGACAUGGUCUAUCAGUGGCGCUGGCCACGCCUAUGUCGAGACUCUUUUCGGUCACCAGGACCACGUCACCUCAGUCGCAGCCAUGACGAUUGAUCAGUGUGUUUCAGUUGGUGCCCGGGACCGCACAGCCAGGUUGUGGAAGGUCGUGGAGGAGUCGCAGCUUGUGUUCCGUGGUGGUGCAUCUAAGAAGGCACCCUACAUCGAGAGCAACAUUGAUUGCAUUGCUCCCCUUCCCCCAAUCACUUCGUCACAGGUUCCGACUCGGAAGCCUCUUCACACGAUCCCCUUGGCCCACGGCCUGGAUCCUAUCCCUCCAUUGGAUGAACUCUCCCCUGAAGUCGAUCCGGAGACUUCUGCUCGCAAUGCUCGUCACAUGCGGCGUAUGCCUCGCUGGAUCACCGCCCUCGCAACUCUUCCAGGCACUGAUGUUGUCCUUAGUGGCAGUUGGGAUGGCUGGAUUCGGGCGUGGCGUAUCUCGGACGAUAAGAGGACAAUCAUUCCCCUGGGUCCAGUGGGUGCAGGCUCUCUAGGCCGAGCUGCUCCCGAUACGCCGUCAAAACAGCUCAACACUGCUCUUGCUCUGGACACGACCCCUGAUCCCGAUGACAUGGAAGUCGAGAAGAAGCUUGAGAACGAGACGCAAGAGCCCCAGCCGUUGAUCAAGGGUGUGAUUAACGGCAUUGCUGUGUUUGAGCGUCGUCCCGAGAAUGCUCACACUUCCUCAUCCACGAAACCUUCAUCCAAGUCUCAGAAAGAUUCAGCGCCUGAAGCUCGAGGCCUGUGCAUCGUAGCUGCAGUCAGCAAGGAGCACCGUUUGGCCAGAUGGAAGUGCUACGCCAAUAACUAUGAUCAGGGCAGCACUUCUGAUGGCCGCAAUGGGGCUGUUGUCUUUGAGGUUCCGUUCACUUCCACUGAUGCUAUUGUGGAAACCGAUGUAUAG